ACCAAUAAAUUUGGUUUUGUGAAGAGUAGCAAAAAUGGGACAUCUCAGAGUGGUAUGGUAUGUGGUUAUGUGAUGAAUUCGCACGCAAGCGGCGUUUGUCGGAUUGGGAAGAAGACGACAAUGAAGGAAAUGAUAGAGUAGAGACGCAUUUUCAACAGAAAAUUUGUUGAAUACGCACACAGCCAGAGGCAGACGCAGUUGAGGGAGGCUGGUUGAGAGGUGAUAAUAGACUCUCACAGUGAGCAACAGCAACAGCUGCCAUAUGACGGAUAUCAAAGAGGAUGUCGAUCAUCAUCGCCAUCUUAUUCUUCCCACGGAAGCUCCAAAAUUGCAAGAAGAAGAAGAAGAAAAGGCAAAGCCUCAGCAAAUUAGCAAGCCAAAGCGGGUGGCUUCGCUGGAUAUCUUUAGAGGUCUCACUGUCGCGUUAAUGAUCUUGGUUGAUGAUGCUGGCGGAGAAUGGCCCGUGAUUGGGCAUGCCCCAUGGAAUGGUUGCAAUCUUGCUGAUUUUGUGAUGCCAUUCUUUCUAUUUAUUGUGGGAAUGGCCAUUCCACUUGCAUUCAAGAGAAUACAAGAUAGGAUAACUGCUAUCAGUAAAGUGAUUUUAAGAACUUUAAAGCUUCUCUUUUGGGGACUCCUUUUACAAGGAGGUUUUUCACAUGCCCCCGACAAACUAACAUAUGGGGUUGACAUGAAAAAGAUAAGGUGGUGUGGAAUUCUUCAGAGAAUAGCGCUUGCCUAUUUAGUAGUUUCAUUUGUUGAAAUCGCAACAAGAAAUUCCCUGACAAAGGGCCUAUUACCUGGAAAAUUCUCUGUAUUCAAGCUAUAUUUUUGGCAUUGGAUGGUUGGGGCAUGUGUUUUGACUGUUUAUUUGGGCACACUGUAUGGAACUUACGUUCCAGAUUGGCAAUUCACGGUGCAAAAUACAGACAGUUCUGAUUUUGGGAAAGUUCUAACUGUGGCUUGUAACGUGAGAGGAAAGCUGGAUCCUCCUUGUAAUGCAGUGGGCUAUAUAGAUAGAAAGGUGCUUGGAAUCAAUCACAUGUAUCCCCAUCCAGCUUGGAAGAGAUCCAAAGCUUGCACGAAUAGUUCCCCUCAUGAGGGACCUUUCCGGGCUGAUGCUCCACCGUGGUGUUGGGCACCUUUUGAACCUGAAGGGAUUCUAAGCUCAAUUUCUGCUAUCCUGUCCACAAUUUUUGGAGUUCAUUUUGGUCAUGUUCUUGUACAUAUGAAGGGUCAUUCGUCUAGACUUCAACAUUGGACUAUCAUGGGGCUUGGCCUUCUCAUUCUAGGAAUUAUUCUUCAUUUUACGGAUGCAAUUCCUCUAAAUAAACAACUGUACACGCUCAGCUAUGUUUGUGUAACAUCUGGAGUAGCAGCAUUAGUGUUCUCGGCUUUCUACAUAAUGGUUGAUAUAUGGAAUUUUAAGUACCCCUUUCUGCCAUUGGAAUGGAUUGGAAUGAACGCUAUGCUGGUUUAUGUGAUGGCAGCUGAAGGUAUCUUUGCAGGAUUUGUCAAUGGUUGGUAUUAUGAUGAUCCUCAUAAUACAUUGAUACAUUGGAUUCAGAAGCACAUUUUCAUUAAGGUCUGGCAUUCAAGAAGAGUUGGAAUCCUACUUUAUGUUAUCUUCGCUGAAAUACUGUUCUGGGGUAUUGUUGCCGGCAUAUUGCACAGAUUGUCCAUAUAUUGGAAGCUUUAACUAGUUGCUCAUCAAGUGCUUCACAGCUUGGUGACCUCAAGACGAACUGAUCUUAAAUUAAUUGAAUCCAGUAUUGUUGUGGGAACGAAUUUUAUCUAUUACAAGAAUUCAAAAACUUUAGGCUAUCGGUUGUUGAUUUGCAUUUUUGCUUUCCGUUUGAUAUUAGUGUCAUGUGGAUAGGAAGCAAUAUGUACAUAUGUGUGUAUCCAAAAAUUAUCCUUAUGGCAUUUUAGUUAUCAGUAUCACCACUCAUUUCAUCA